AUGUAUAUGUGUGGCUUUCAUUGCACCACCUGCGAUAAAACAUAUAAAUUAAAGAAAUCUUUGGGAGAUCACAAAAGAAAAUAUUGCCAGAAAGACCCACAGUUUGCCUGUCCAUGUUGUCCAUAUAAAGCUAAGUUAAAAGGAACCCUUAAAAGACAUAUACUUAGAAGACACGAAAGAACUAAAAUACUUAAAAAUGGUCCAAUUUAUGUUCCGUCUGAAUUGGCCACCAUUGCUAAGUCAGCUAAAAAGAAAGGUGAGCCAUAUGAAGUUACUGAGAUGCCAACUGAAGAAUUUUUUGAUUGGAAAAAAAUAGCCAAAGACAUGGGAGCGAACUUUAAUGUUAACGAAAAAGGCCAAAAAGUUUUAAUCAACGACAUCAAAUGGAUUAAAGUCAAGAAAGGCGAACCAGGAAAAAUUGUCUAUAAGACUUCAUUCAAACAGGAAGAAUUUGAUGUUAUCAAUAUUACCAAAAAGUUAAGAAGCCAGAGAGAAAAGCCAACUUUAAUUCUUGCCUAUGAGCAAGCACCACCGAUACCGAUUAAAAAAAAGAAUGAUUUAAUGAGGUUUCAUUGUGACACCUGCGAUAAAAUAUAUAAAUUAAAGUCAUCAUUGAGAGAGCACAAAAGAAAAGAGUGCCAGAAAGAACCACAGUUCGCAUGUUCAUAUUGUUCCUAUAAAGCUAAGUUAAAGGGAAACCUUAAAAGACAUAUACUUCUGAAACAUCAGGAAAGAACUAAAAUACUUAAAAAUGGUCCAAUUUAUGUUCCGUCUGAAUUGGCCACCAUUGCUAAGUCAGCUAAAAAGAAAGGUGAGCCAUAUGAAGUUACUGAGAUGCCAACUGAAGAAUUUUUUGAUUGGAAAAAAAUAGCCAAAGACAUGGGAGCGAACUUUAAUGUUAACGAAAAAGGCCAAAAAGUUUUAAUCAACGACAUCAAAUGGAUUAAAGUCAAGAAAGGCGAACCAGGAAAAAUUGUCUAUAAGACUUCAUUCAAACAGGAAGAAUUUGAUGUUAUCAAUAUUACCAAAAAGUUAAGAAGCCAGAGAGAAAAGCCAACUUUAAUUCUUGCCUAUGAGCAAGCACCACCGAUACCGAUUAAAAAAAAGAAUGAUUUAAUGAGGGGUUUUCCAUGUAAUAUCUGCAACAAAUUAUACAAACUAAAGGGAUCACUGACAAGACACCAGAAAUUGGAAUGCCAGAAAGAACCAAAUAUCGUCAACUGUAAUUUUAGCAAGCUUCAACUUUUUUUAUACUUCAUAUAUUUUUUAGGUCCAUUUGUUUGUUUGAAAUGUAAUAUAACUUACUCACAGGCGUAUAAUCUACGAAGACAUAUACAGUUCGAGUGUGGAGUCGAAAGAAAAUUCACUUGUGAAUUUUGCAAUUCCAAGUUUAAAAGAAAGGACCACUUACUUUCACAUAAAAGAAGCCUGGCUUGCAAGAGAAUGCAACAUCUAUGAAUAAUUACUUAACGAAUUUAUGCUUUAAAUAAAAAACGAGAUAUUAUAUUAGGUGCAAACUUGUAUUAUGAGUAAUUAUUUUAAUAAAGGACUAUGUCAAAAAAUCAUAAUUAAAAAAUCGAUAAAUUUUUUCUAAUUCUGUAAAUAAAGCAGUUUACAAGGGGGUCAAAAUAUAGUGAAUAACCCUGUACAUUCACUGGGGUUGACCGACCGACUCUGUCCCGUCAUACAGCUGACCGACUAUAAUAACUUUUAUUUAUAUUUAAUUUAGAAUGUGUGUACUGAUUUUCAGCCUUAGUAAAUGGAUUUAGUUACCUUCGUAGGAAAGUAACUUUGAUACCCUCUCAGUUACCCCUGUUCUACGUUUCGCUUGACCGACCGCAGUAUGUUUCUCUGCACAAUCACAGUAAUCAACUGUGAAAAAUCUAGCUUUAGUAAAUUCAAAGGGAUUUUUCAGCGCUGCGUCUUGGACUAUUACGCAUCAUUUACUUUCAUACAACUGAAUUUGCUUCUUGAUUUAAGAGAUAGAAUGAUAAAGGUUGGGGCUAUUUGUGUUGACCUAUAAGCCAAUAGAGUAAGAAUAAAGUUUUGAUUGUACAUACCAA